CAAGAUAAGAUAAUUGCGAGCAUUCUUAACCUAAUAAAUAAUUCUCUUUUAAAAAAAAACAGUGCAAUCACGUAAAAUCCAAGGGUUAAAGGGAUGACAUGUCGAUGAGGGGAAGGUGAUAGUGACCGCCGCGCUGUCUUGUGCCGCCUGAAAGAACUUGUCUCUUGUUUUUGGCUUGAAAAUACCUGCUUGUAUCAUACCUUACUCUGAAUGUCCACCUGUCAAAACCACACUAACCUGACAUAAUUUAUCGAAAAAAUCAUUAAAAACAAUUCCUCCUAAUGUUGGAAAUAAAAUCCAACAUGAACGAUUUGCAAAAGCUGGAGGAAGAGGCCAAAGCAACAGCCACCAAACAUGUGAUAAAUAUGUUGCAACGUCCAGGUCAGUUGGAAAAAGUGGAUCAGUACAAACGUAGAAUAGGGCGUAAAAAAGCCUCAGUAGAAACAAUGUUGAAGACAGCAAUGCAAAGUCAAUUAGACGGUGUAAGAGUUGGUUUCCAUCAGCUCCAGAAUUCCCUGGAGAGUAUCGAGACGAUAAAAAAGGAAUUGGACCUGAUUGGCCAGUCAUUUGGUUCAGCCCUGGAGCUGUCAUCGAAGCUGCAGGCAGUCCAGGACGAGAACAUGAGACACUCACAAUACGUAACAGCGAAGGAAAAUUUGAAACACAUUUUCACGGUUCCUGAGAGCGUUGAGAAGACACGACAGUGGAUAAACGAAGGUAAAUUGCUUCACGCCCACCAGAGCCUAAUGGAUCUCGAGAAUUCUCGAGAUGAUUUACUCUAUGAGCUCCACAAACUUCCAAAUCAGUCGAUACCUGAUAAAGUUAUGCUGAAGGCGUAUUUCGAGGAUGUUGAGACACUCUCGCAGCUGAUGGAGAAGCAAAUUCGUUUGGUUUUGAGUAGAACCUUGAAUACAGUUAGAAAGGAACCGACUGUUAUUGUCACAGCAUUGAGGAUUAUUGAGAGAGAGGAGAAGGCAGAUCAUUUUGCCAUCGAGAGACAUCGACAGAGUGGUUUUAUGCCACCAGGCAGACCCAAGAGUUGGAAGCAGAUGGCGAUGAAGGUCCUGGAGAAAUCUGUGGGUGAGAGGAUCGAGGGUACUCAGGCUGAAGACAGGAAAACAAAUAAAAUGUGGCUUGUGAGGUUUUUGGAACUCACCAGACAGCUCAUCCUCGAGGAUCUCAGGGUUAUUAAGACUCUCUGUGGCCCCUGCUUCCCGCCUAAAUACGAUAUUGUCAAUAAAUUUGUUAAAAUGUACCACAACAACUUGUCCCAGCACCUGAAGGAACUCAUCGUGGGGGGAUUGGAAGGCAAUGAAUACGUUUCUCUCCUCGCUUGGAUCAUGAAUACUUACACGGGGCCAGAGCUGAUGCAGCACCCAGAAUUGCACAUAGAUACCAUUGAUAUUGGGCCUCUCCUGAGUCCUGAAAUUCUCGAUGACCUCCAGGACAAAUAUCUCAGGAAUAUGUGCCAGAAUUACGAGGACUGGAUGAAGAAAACAGUGGAGACUGAGAAGGUCGAGUGGUGGAGUGGAACACUGAAUGAGAGCAGUACUCAGGACACCUAUUACCAUACUUCAGCUCCAGUCAUAAUAUUUCAAAUGAUCGAUCAGAACCUCCAGGUUACCAAGACAAUCAGUACGGAUUUGACAGCUAAAGCUCUCGUUGUAUGCAUUGAGCAGGUGACGAAAUAUGGAGUUAUGUAUCGUCAGGCCAUCCUCGAGUUCAAGGCAAGACACUUUGAGGACAGGAGUCAGGUUCCCUACUUCACUCAUCACAUGAUUACGGUUGUCAAUAAUUGUCUGCAGUAUGUCGAGCUUGCACAACAGAUGAAGCAAUUGUACUGGGUUGCAAAUGCCAGUGGGGAUGCUGCUGUCAAGUUCGAAGCACUGUUGAGCCAUUAUCAACAAUUGAGGAACGAGGCUGGUGCUAUUUUACUCGAGGAAUCUUUCUUGGAUUUGGAGCCACAAUUCAUUGAUCUGCUAACACCCAAAUGGCUGAAUUCUCCUAUUCCCGUUGAGACAAUCUGCGUCACCCUCGAGGAUUAUUUUCAGGAUUAUAAUCACCUCAGGGCCAAGAACUUUGAGUAUAUUAUCACUGAGGCUCAGAAUUUAAUAGCCAAGAGAUAUAUCGCUGCGAUGCUCCAGAGGAAGAUAUCCCUCAAGACUUACGAUGAGUGUCUCACGUGCACUUCCAAAAUCAUGACUGAAGCCGAUAAAUUAAAGAAUUUUUUUGUGAGAAUCGCGCCCAAAGUUGGUAAUUUCGAUUCGCCAUUUGAAAUUAUUAAGAGACUGGCUGAGGUGUUGAGGUGUGAAGACGCUGAGAUUUUAUCUCUCGAUCUCCAUUCACUUGUUGAGAGAUAUCCGGACAUGACUGAGGAUCAUCUGGUCAGGCUGUUGAGUUUGAGGGGAGAUAUUUCUAGGAGUGAAGCCAGGGAGAAGGUCAGUUACAUCCUGGAAGCACAAAGGAACAGGCGAUCUCCACAGACUAUUAGUAACAGCAUCUUCAAGCAUAUCGUCCUCCAGGACAGUUUUCUCAGUUGGAAACCUUGAGGUCGAAUUGCUCCAUAAGAUAACACCAGUCUAUGCCUUGAUCGUCUUAAAAUUCAAAUGAGCGUUACGAUAUUUAUGUACUGAAAUGAAAAUCAUGAUUAAUAGAGUAUAAAUAUUAUAUAAAUAUAGCGAAUGUAAAUAUUAUGAUAU